AUGUCGGAUGAUAAAAUGAAACGCUUACGUGCUCCUAAUAUAACCGAGGAAGAGAAAGCCAUUAUCCUAUAUUGUAUUUUUAAAGAAAAACAUAUAGAUGAGUGUAAAAAAACCGAUAAAUUCAAUAACAAAGAAAAAAAUGAUGCGUGGGAAAGAAUUACUUUGAGUUUUAAUUCAAACCAAAGUGUAAAUAAGAGAGAUACUAAAUGUCUACGUCGGUUUUGGGAAGGUGAAAAGAGUAAAAGUAGGCAAGGGUUUGUAAUUGAAAGGCAAGCACGUAUGUUGACUGGCGGUGGCCCUGAAACGACUUCAUACUUAGACAUCACCCCUGAAGUCAAUGAAAUAAUUCAAACACGCAUAGAUCCUCAAAUUUAUGAGAUCCAAAAUAUUUAUGAUGGUGAUGGAAUUGAAUUCACAACUGAAGAACUAUCACCAUUGAAUGAUUCAGUUGUUUAUUUAUCAGAAAGCCAUAUAAAUGAUAAUCCAGGUGAAUAA